UGGCGCCGCGCCCCGCCUUUUCUCCCCGGCGGCGAGCAGAAAGCGCGCUGCCUGCACACGGGCAUCUUUGUGUUGAAACUGAAAACCUCACGGCGACCCGAUUCAUGCGUUGAAAACGGCGUGUCCGUGAGGUAAAACACCGGCAACCAGGGUUUUAUUCCGCCCGGCGUGGGAGCUGAAGGGUCCGACGUGCGGCGGCGCCCCCCUAACGCGAAGCUUUUAGAAGUGAAAAGGUUUCCGAAGCCCGGCGGGGAGAUCGGCGCAGUUCGCCGGACAGCAGGCGCCUCGGACUCCGGCGGACCCCGGUGGACACGGAGCCCGGAGGCCAGUAGAGGGCUGUUCGGACGCUGCUCUGACCAGGAUGGAGUUCCAACCACAGCAGAGAUCCGCCGACGGCAGGAUCACCUAUCCCCCCGGGGUGAAGGAAAUCACGGACAAGAUCAGCAACGAUGAAGUGGUCAAGAGGUUAAAGAUGGUGGUGAAGACCUUCAUGGACAUGGACCAGGACUCUGAAGACGAGAAGCAGCAGUACCUGGCCCUUGCUUUGCAUCUCGCCUCGGAGUUCUUCUUGCGAAACCCCAACAAGGACGUGCGGCUGCUGGUGGCCUGUUGCCUGGCGGACAUCUUCCGCAUCUAUGCCCCAGAAGCACCUUACACGUCCCACGACAAGCUCAAGGAUAUCUUCUUAUUCAUCACCAGGCAGUUGAAGGGUCUAGAAGACACCAAGAGCCCACAGUUCAACAGAUACUUCUACUUGCUGGAGAACUUGGCCUGGGUCAAAUCCUACAACAUCUGUUUUGAGCUAGAGGACUGCAAUGAGAUCUUCAUUCAGCUCUUCAAGACUCUCUUCUCCGUUAUCAAUACCAGCCACAAUCAGAAGGUGCACAUGCACAUGCUGGACCUGAUGAGCUCCAUCAUCACCGAGGGCGACGGAGUUACCCAGGAGCUACUCGACACCAUCCUCAUCAACCUUAUCCCCGCACACAAGAACUUGAAUAAGCAAGCAUAUGACCUUGCAAAAAUUCUGCUCAAAAGGACAGUUCAGACCAUCGAGACCUGUAUUGCUAAUUUCUUCAACCAGGUGCUGGUGCUCGGCAAGUCUUCGGUGAGCGACUUAUCCGAGCACGUGUUUGACCUCAUCCAGGAGCUCUUCGCCAUCGACCCCCACCUUCUGGUGUCUGUCAUGCCCCAGCUGGAGUUCAAGCUGAAGAGCAACGAUGGCGAGGAGCGUCUGGCGGUGGUCCGUCUUCUGGCCAAGCUUUUCGGGGCCAAGGACUCGGAACUGGCCUCUCACAACCGGCCCCUAUGGCAGUGCUUCCUGGGCAGAUUUAAUGACAUCCACGUGCCAGUGAGACUGGAGUGCGUGAAGUUUGCCAGCCAUUGUCUGAUGAACCAUCCCGACUUGGCCAAAGAUCUGACAGACUUCCUGAAGGUACGGUCACAUGACCCCGAGGAGGCCAUACGCCACGAUGUCAUCGUCACCAUCAUCAAUGCAGGGAAGAAGGACUUGAUCCUGGUGAACGACCAGCUUCUGGGGUUUGUUCGGGAGAGGACACUGGAUAAGCGGUGGAGGGUGCGGAAGGAGGCUAUGAUGGGCCUGGCACAGCUUUAUAAGAAGUACUGUUUGCACCAUGAGGCUGGAAAGGAGUCUGCUCAGAAGAUCAGCUGGAUCAAGGACAAGCUCCUGCACAUCUACUAUCAGAACAGCAUCGACGACAAGCUGUUAGUGGAGAAGAUCUUUGCUCAGUUCAUGGUGCCUCACAACCUGGAGACCGAGGAGAAGAUGAAGUGUUUGUACUACCUGUACGCCUGUCUCGACCCCAACGCUGUUAAGGCUCUGAACGAGAUGUGGAAAUGCCAGAACAUGCUGAGGAGUCACGUCCGGGAGCUGCUGGACCUGCACAAGCAGCCCACGACCGAGACCAACACUGCCGCCAUGUUCGGGAAGCUGAUCACCAUAGCCAAGAACCUGCCGGACCCCGGCAAGGCCCAGGACUUCUUGAAGAAGUUCAACCAAGUACUGGGAGAGGACGAGAAGCUGCGCUCCCAGCUGGAGCUGCUCAUCAGCCCAACGUGCUCCUGCAAGCAGGCGGAGAUCUGUGUGAGGGAGAUCUCCCGCAAGCUGACGUUCCCCAAACAGCCCACCAACCCCUUCCUGGAGAUGGUGAAGUUCCUGCUGGAGCGUAUCGCCCCUGUGCACAUAGACUCGGAGGCCAUCAGUGCCCUGGUGAAACUCCUGAACAAAUCAAUCGAGGGCACAGCGGACGACGACGAUGAGGGCGUGACUCCCGACACGGCCAUCCGAUCUGGCCUGGAGUUGCUGAAGGUGCUCUCCUUCACCCACCCCACCUCCUUCCACUCCUCGGAGACCUACGAGUCGCUGCUGCAGUGCCUGAAACUGGAGGACGACAAGGUGGCCGAGGCAGCUAUCCAGAUCUUCAGGAACACGGGACAGAAGAUCGAGGCCGAGCUGCCCAACAUACGAUCGACCCUGAUCCCCAUCCUGCACCAUAAGGCCAAGAGGGGCACCCCCCACCAGGCCAAGCAUGCCGUCCACUGCAUCCACGCCAUCUUCCACAACAAGGAGGUGCAGCUGGCGCAGAUCUUUGAGCCUUUGUCCCGGGGCCUCAAUGCCAACGUCCCCGAGCAGCUCAUCACGCCCCUGGUGUCACUCGGCCACAUCGCCAUGUUGGCACCGGACCAGUUUGCUUCGCCCAUGAAGUCCAUCGUGGCCAAUUUCAUCGUCAAGGACCUGCUGAUGAACGACAGGUCGAUGGGCAACAAGAACGGCAAGCUGUGGGCUUCUGACGAGGAGGUGUCCCCGGAGGUGCUAGCCAAGGUCCAGGCUGUUAAGCUGCUGGUACGCUGGUUACUGGGGAUGAAGAACAACCAGUCGAAAUCGGCCAACUCCACACUGCGCCUCCUGUCGGCUAUGCUGGUGAGCGAGGGCGACCUGACGGAGCAGAAGAAGAUCAGCAAGUCAGACAUGUCCCGCCUGCGCCUGGCUGCAGGGGGCGCCAUUCUCAAGCUGGCGCAGGAGCCCUGUUACCAUGACAUUAUCACGCCGGAGCAGUUCCAGCUGUGCGCCCUCGUCAUCAACGACGAGUGCUACCAGGUGCGGCAGAUCUUCGCCCAGAAGCUGCAUAUGGCUCUAGCUAAGAUUCUCCUGCCCCUGGAGUACCUGGCCGUGUUCUCGCUGUGCGCCAAGGACCCAGUGAAGGAGCGGCGUGCCCACGCACGUCAGUGCCUGCUGAAGAACAUCAGCGUGCGCCGCGAGUACGUCAAGCAGAACCCCAUGGCCCACGAAAAGCUGCUCUCGCUGCUGCCCGAGUAUGUGCUUCCCUACAUGAUCCACCUGCUGGCCCACGACCCAGACUUCGCCAAGCCACAGGACUGCGACCAGCUCCGCGACAUCAAAGAGUGCCUGUGGUUCAUGCUGGAGGUGUUGAUGACCAAGAACGAGAACAACAGUCACGCUUUCCUCCGCAAGAUGGUGGAGAACAUCAAGCAAACAAAAGACGCCCAGGCGCCUGAAGACCCCAAAGUCAACGAGAAGCUGUAUACGGUGUGCGACGUCGCGCUCCUCGUCAUCGCCAACAAGAGCACCGCCUGCCACCUGGAGUCUCCGAAGGACCCCCUACUGCCCUCGAAAUUCUUUACUCCCCCGGACAAGGACUUCAUAAACGACAAGGAGUAUGUGUCGUCUGAAGCCCGUACAGCUCUCUUGACGGGAAAGCCAAAGCCCAGCCCUGUACUGGUUACCGUCAACAAGCCGCUCUCAGUCACCGGGAGGAGGCCGUACACUAAAAGCACGGCUGCAGACAGCGGUGCCGGCGGCAUUGGUGGUGGCCUGGAGUCCGGUUCCCCUGCUGGGAACAAGGGGAGGGACGGGAGCACAGAGAGCUUGGAGACGGUGGCCAGCGAAAACAACGAGAAUCCUGGGAUCAUCCUCUCUGACGGCGGCAGGAAGGAUGUGAACUUGGAAGGCAGCCAGGGUGGCAAGAUCGGCUUGACCCCCACGGCCUCACCCACACUGCCCGCAAUGCCGAGCAAACCCCGGAGGGGGCGGCCGCCCAAGUCGCUGUCUGGCGGCACGGGCACGCCCCCCGCUGCAGAAAAAGAGGGAGGGGGCACGGGGCGGGGCCGGAAGAGGGCUGCCCCUGCCCAGGACGGCACCGCCACAGUUGAGCCAAUCACCAUCAAGAUACCAAAACAGCAGAAAGACGCAGAGUCCAAGAGGGCGGCUCCUCAGAGGCAGAUGGACCUGCAGAGCCACUGCCGCCUACUGGGCAGUGAGGGCGACACAGAGAUGGAGUCCAGCUCAGGGAGCUCGAGAGAGAGCAGCUCAGGCAGGAGGGUGCCGGCAUUCUGCGGCCAGGUGCACAGGCGCAGCUUCAGCAGCAGGCUAGCAGCUUGAUAGGUCCCCAGCAUCUGAGGGGGCAGCGUUAGUGGACAGGUAAGACGAAUGUGCAGGCCGACCCGUAGGAAGUAGCGGAUCGCCCCCCUCGUUGCGGGACCCCGUCCGGGGGCCCUGCAGCCAUACAGCUGCUGCAUCUCUCCCCUCGUGCUUCUGGGCCCUGGAUGGGACCACUCAGAAUCGACAUACACUUCAAACCGCUUGCAAGGCCCCCGCCGACAAGGCAAGGUUCCUCUUCCACGAGAGACCCGAGGAAAGGGUGAGGAGGGAACCCUCCGGGAAGAGUUCAGGCUGAAAUAACCAUCCCUUCUGUUGUUCAUUUUCAGUCAACUAAGUGUUUUUAAUGCUCUUUCAGUUUUAACGGUUUACAGGCUGUACAUAUUUUUUUUUUUUAAAUGCCGAUUUCAUGUUUGGAUUUCUUUAAAGUAGAUGGUGGCUUUUCCAGCUUUGCUUCUUUUUUUAACUUCUAAAUUUCGGAUCCCUGGCGUCAAUUUAAACGAGAUCUGAAGCCAAAUAUUAACCAUUCCCUGUACGAUUAGACCGGCGCUGCUGCCGAUAUUGAGAGGUUUGUCGGAGUGGAAGCACAGCAAUAGUUUUGGCACUUUUUUAAUAGAAAAAAACUGGGUGGGUUUUUUUUUGUAUGUUGGGCUGCAUGUUUAACAUUUCCUGUUCCCGUCCCUAAUAUGCAAGGUGAGGUACAGGUCUGAAUGUGUGCGCUACCCCUGACCCGCUUACGUCCCCAUAAACCGGUCCUUCUGCUUCCUCCUGCACAAUGUGACUGCCGAGGAUCCCCACAGGUUGUCCUCCCCAGCGUCCCACAGAAUUAAGACCUUCACCUACAUUUAUAACCAGGAGGUGGCUGAACGUCGGUUAAAGGCUGUAGCAGGUUAAUGGUUUCCAACUCCAAGGCCUUUUGUUUUUAACUUAGUGCACAUUUUACAUUUUUGUAAUGAAUUGAAGUUUGCUAAAUGAAAUGUACUGUUUUUUUUCCUUUGGGAAAUUUCUGCUCAAAUUUUUUUAAUAAAUAUUUUAAAUAUUUUCCAAAAAGGCCUGGAAUUUAGAUGCCUGCUUAAAUAACAGUUCAGAACUGUUUCAAGUGUUUUUAGAGAUGGGAAAUGCUUUUAAAUGUUUCCAACUCUUUUCCUGGGCUCUUUUGGUGGAAUACUUACUAUUGAUUCGAUAUGAUUCCCAGUAACGUUUUCAGAAUUAGUGUACUGCUGUUCUGCACAUAGUAUUUAAUUUCAUGAAGCUUUGUUUUUUUUAGAAAAUAAAUUUUUAGACGUCCCUGUGUGCUCCCCCCCUGGUCCAUGAGUCGGGCUCUUGCUUUCUGGAGAAAAACUGAUCUGUCUACCAGAACAUGCUUGCUGUGGCUAUUUUCUUACAAAGAAGCUGACGUUGUCCUGUAAGGUGCCACAGGAUUUUCAGUGUAACUGCAUAGAAUUUCUGGGCUUCAGCUGUCGGAAAUAUUAUGCAAUAAAAUGGAUACUUA